UUCAAAUGUCGUAAAAAGUGUCAUUUUCCAGCUAGGUUUCCCAGGUCUGCUACUAGCUACAUUUCUUUAAUCAGUGACAUGGCCUCAGCUCCAGCACAGCAGCCCACCCUCACUGUGGAGCAGACCAGAGUGGUACUGAGUGAGGUGAUCCAGGCCUUCUCAGUGCCGGAGAACGCUGCCAGGAUGGAGGAGGCUCGAGAAAGUUCCUGCAACGACAUGGGCAAGAUGCUUCAGCUCGUUCUCCCCGUGUCCACCCAGAUCCAACAAGAGGUCAUCAAAGCGUACGGCUUCAACAACGAAGGAGAGGGUGUCCUAAAGUUUGCCCGAUUGGUGAAGAUGUAUGAAACCCAGGACCCUGAGAUUGCAGCCAUGUCUGUUAAACUGAAGUCUCUCCUCCUGCCUCCGCUGUCAACACCUCCUAUAGGAGGCGCCAUUCCAUCCUCAUAAGACUUUUAUACAUUUAUUUGACAAAUGCAAGGUUGCUUCAACAAAUGCUUUGGAUCAACACAAUCAUACUGUAAUCACAAUUAGGUUCAAACUCAUUACACAAACUUGUUUUAUUGGAUGAAACUCCUCUACAUUAUGCUUUCAUUUAAAACAUCCUUGCAAAACAUUGUUAAAUUAUUGCUUUUUAAUGUUUCAAUAUUUAUUUGUUACAUUUUGAGUAUUUUCUUAUGCCAUCUGACCUUAAACAUGUUUCCAUUAAUGCCACUUUUGUAUAUGAUUUUAGUACCAUUUUUAUAUGCUGUCGGAAGUAUCAAAUGUCAUUAUCUUGUUGUAUAUUAAAAUGUUUUCU